AUGGAAAAGGUGGACCAGCAAAUGGGCUACCUGAUGCGGAGCGGAUCACAAAGCUGGGUCCGCAACACGGCGUCGUCGGUGGACGGCCGAGCGGGUGCGGGCGAGGCGGAGGCGCCGCCCGCACCCGACGCGGAGGCGCCAGCGCGCCGCCGACGACACCGCCCGCUCUACCGCCGCCUGUUCCACUAUUUCCGCACCGCGUGGACUGGCGUCAAGUUUGCUCUAGGUCUCACAGCGCGGUCCGAAAAUUCAGAGCUCGAGGAGUUGGGUGAGCAACUGCCUCGGUACCGCCCGGACUCGAUCGCAGCAUUGCGUCGAGCCACGCGCUUCACAGAACCGGAGCUGAAGAGAUUGUACCGAGGUUUCAAGGCAGAAUGUCCGACGGGCGUAGUGAAGGAAGAAACUUUCAAGCUCAUAUACUCGCAAUUUUUCCCACAAGGAGCCAACACUGCACAAUAUGCCCACUUUGUUUUUAAUACACUGGACCAAGAUCGAAGUGGGUUGUUAAGUUUUGAGGAGUUCGUAACUGGCCUGUCCAUUCUUUCAAGAGGAACAUUAGAAGAGAAAUUGCGAUGGACGUUCUCACUGUAUGAUAUAAAUGGUGAUGGAUAUAUCACGAAGGAAGAAAUGACUGAAAUUGUAAAUGCAAUUUACGACCUCAUGGGUAAAAUCGUAGAACCUAUGAUUGAUGACGAAGUUGUGCGAGAAAAAGUCGAGAGACUAUUCCAGAAAAUGGAUUUGAACCGCGACGGCGUGUUGACUAUGGACGAGUUCCUGGACUGCUGCCUGCGAGACGAAGACAUCACGCGCUCCAUGGGCGUGUUCGACAGCAACUUCUGACGCGCCGCGGUCGCGCGCCGGCACUAGCGCGCUCGCACACGCGCCUCGGCCGCGGUCGUGUAGCGUGGGAAGGGUACAGGCAAAAAUCAAGGAUUGUGAAUUUGAAAGACUUACUCUAAACUUACUCGUUGACAGCUAAUAAUUAUAAUACUCAUUUUUCUCUUUCAAAAGUAGGUAUAUAUUAAAAUUAGAGUAAUCAACAAUUAUAUAACUAUCAUUAUUAACAUCCCUGGUGAACUUAAGUAUUCUUGGUUGAUUAGUCGGUUAAAUUCAUUACGUCUUUUCUCUUUUCAGAGAACAGUAUCCUUAUUUGUUCUUAAAGAAAAUAAAUCAUCGAGAUUGAAAAUGUUAUAAUAACUAAUAGUGACGCCAUUAUUCAAACUAAAGAGACAUUGCCGGUUUCUUGCCUGUACCCUUCGUUUGUCAAAUACUACGAAUCUCUAAUGAAAUAGAGUCAAAAAUCUGCCCUUUGAUUAUAUAUCGAAGGAACGCGCUUUACUGGAAUUCAAUUUUUAAACUUUCGAAUUAUUACGAGAUAAUUAUAGAUAAAUGUUUCUAAAGGUCUGAAUCCGACGACAUUGCUGCUUGACUCGUUACAAUUAUUGUUACUUGUUAGACUUUGUAAAAGGAAGGGUUCGCCUUUAAUUACAUAAAAAAUAGUAAUAGUAGUCACGAGUAUGGAAAGAUAAAUGGGAAACAAUAAAAUCGAUAUUUUUAAUUAGCCUUAUAGAAAUAAAAGCAAAAUUCGAGCUCGAACAACAUUAAAUCUUAAAAAUUUCUAUAUCGUAGUUUAACAUUAUAAAUGUCUUCUCCUAUAGAUAUCUAUUUUCACUAGAUCCCUAUUACAAAUUAAUUAAUAGAGAAAUCGAUGGAAAGAAUAUUAAUAUACUUAUGCCUGUCUAGUAUCUACGAGUACGUUUUCUAUCUCUUUCGUGUAAAUGUUGAAACAAUAAGAUUAUAGUGAAGAAAAUUAUACUUUUAGUUCAAUAAUAUUUUAUACAAUUAAGUGUCCAUAAUGAAUGUGUAGGAAUGCCAUCAACUAAGUCAAUGGCUGUGUAAAUCGUAGAUAUGUCUGUAAUAAAUCGUGUAGAUAGAUA